AUGCUGCAUUCGACGGAACUGACGGUGCAAGUGGUCAGCCCCAGUUUUCGUGUCACUGACCUCGAUUAUGCAAAAUACAUCGCCCUCUUUACAUCGGAUUAUUUAAAGAUACUUGAUGUAGAUGGUCUCGAAGUUUUGUUUCCAUACGACUGCAUUUAUCCGGAACAGUACUGUUAUAUGUACGAGUUGAAGAAAUGUCUGGAUGCUACCGGUCAUUGCGUUUUGGAAAUGCCUUCAGGCACAGGCAAAACCGUUUCGCUGCUGUCUUUGAUCGUAGCUUACAUGCAAGAACAUCCCGCACAGCUGGAGAAAUUCAUCUAUUGUUCUCGCACUAUCGCUGAAAUUUCUAAAGUGGUGGAGGAACUGAGAACGUUGUACAAAUGCUACGAGCAGCAUAACGGUAAGCCAUUAGCGAUGAUUUGCGUGGCUUUGAGUGCAAGAAAGAAUCUGUGCAUUCAUCCCGAGGUUAGUAAGUGCAGAAAUGGCAAAGUGGUGGAUGGAAAAUGCAGUACACUGACUUCAAGCUUCAUUAGAGCGAAACGUGUGUAUGAUCCAGAUAUUCCUUGUUGUGACUAUUUUGAGAAUUUUUAUAAGGAUGGUUUGGAAAGCGUCCUUCCGUAUGGGGUUUACAGUUUGGAAGAUAUGAAACAGUACGGCAGGACGAAGGGCUGGUGUCCCUACUUCGUUGCGCGUCAUGCUCUUUUCAGAGCAAAAAUUGCCGUUUAUAGUUACCAUUAUCUUCUUGACCCGAAAAUAGCUGAAUUGAUUUCCAAGGAUCUUCCGAAGAAGACUGUCGUGGUUUUUGACGAGGCACACAAUAUUGAUAACGUUUGCAUCGAGUCAAUGAGCAUCACUCUGAACAAAAAACUUCUUGAAGAAUGCGAGUGUAAUUUGAUUACUCUCAGAGAGUCGGUUUCACACAUCAAAGAAGUGAAUGUUAGUCAGCUGGAACAUGAAUAUCAAAUGCUUGUUGAAGGACUGAAAGAAGCGAACCGUCAGCGUGAAACCGAUCAAAUUUUGAUGAAUCCCGGUGAGCGCCGCAUGAAUUCGAACACGAAAAGCGAUGAUAAUUCGCAUCCAGUAGAGGCUAUCAGUUGUUUAAAUCAGUUGUGAUU